GUCACGUGAUGUUUGUGCUCCGCUCGGUAGAGUUGUGUACAGAGGGAGAAGGGGACUGAUUGCUAGCUAACGAUUAAAAGAAACGGGGUUGAACGUGGAAACAUUUCACACGGUGGGCUUCCUUUCCUAAAAGCGUACAUUGGAUACCUGUUUGUGACGAAGAGGCCUGGACCGGCCGUUUUCAAACAGAACCAACAUACAUUUACGGUUGUAUUGUAGCUAACCAUCGCGCCGUGUAGCCACAGCACAACACAGCAGCGCCAGUCGGAGCCCGUCUCCAAAACAAGAAUGGGGUCUAGGUCCACAGCACGGUUUAGGUAAAGUGACCUUUGGUUGUGUUUUCUAAAUGGCAAAUUUCACGAAUUACCAAGAAAGCAAAGCGGCUAUGUUGUUAGUGGAGACGCAACAGAGGGGCAUCGGGACAAAACCAGCGGCAGCCAAUGAUGGAGACCGCUCGGUCGGGGAACCCCCUUCCCCGUUAUUGAAUAUCGGUGGUGUCGGGGCCAGCGGAGCUCGUUUCCAUCAGCACUUGCCGCCCUCCAGCCACCAUCACUACCCCCAGAGCUCGCUGCCCAAAGGACAACAACACCCGCUGUCGCACCACUACCAGGCGGCGACGGAACAUCAUCUCUCUGUUGAAAACAUCACGGAGUCCCCGGUAAGGAAAGCCUCGUCAUCAUCUUUGAACCUGGUACAGCAGGACCCCGCUGCUAGCCACCACGCACUCGCUGCGUCGGUAAACGCGGCGUCGGCCGCGAUACAACUAGCCGCGAAUGCUAAUGUUAGCGUGGCUACCUCAGAAGGUGUAGUGGACGACAUUCAGAAGUGUGGCUAUCUGCGGAAACAGAAACACGGCCACAAGAGGUUUUUCGUGCUGAGGGCGGCCAGCCACCUAGGCCUCAGUCGGUUGGAGUACUAUGACAGCGAGAAAAAAUUCCGUAACAGUCUGCGGUCUGCUGCUGCGGCAGCUGCAAACGGUACGGUCGCCCCUUCUCCCCCGAAAAGGGUGAUCUAUCUGUAUCAGUGCUUCACUGUCAACAAACGAGCAGAUUCCAAAAACAAACACCUCAUAGCCCUCUACACUAAGGAUGAAUACUUUGCUAUUGUAGCUGAAAACGAGCAGGAACAAGAUGACUGGUAUGUAGCGCUGAGUGAACUGAUGAGUGAGGGGAAAAAGGGGCAUCUAGACUCGGACGAGUUGGAUGAUGGCUACGGUACCGUCACACCAGGUACGGUUUUCAAAGAGGUGUGGCAGGUGAACGUGAAACCCAAAGGGCUGGGUCAGACCAAGAACCUCACAGGUGUGUAUCGUUUAUGCCUCUCUACUAAAACUAUCCACCUGGUCAAACUAAACUCUGAGACGCCAUGUGUCAACCUUCAGCUGAUGAACAUCAGACGCUGUGGACACUCAGAAAGCUUCUUCUUCAUGGAGGUGGGUCGGUCAUCCUCUAUAGGCCCUGGGGAGAUAUGGAUGCAGGUAGAUGACUCCGUAGUGGCCCAGAACAUGCAUGAGACCAUCCUGGAGACCAUGAAGGCUCUGAAGGCCUUUGCUGAGAUCCGCCCCAGGAGCAAGAGCCAAUCUUCUGGCUCCAACCCCAUCGCUUUUAUCACCACCCGCCGUCACCUAGGUAACCUGCCUCCGAGCCAGACAGGUCUCCAGCGCCGCUCCAGGACUGAGUCGGUGGUUGGGACGCCGCCGUCGAGUAAGAGCUCUGGCGCCAGUGGCUAUCGCUUCCGAACAUCGAGCGAGGGUGAGGGGACGAUGAACCGGCCAUUCCGAUCCGUUACCGGCAGCCUGAUCCACCUGAACACUGCCCGGAUACACCUGGGGCGCCAGGAGGGCGGGGUAGGGGCAGGGAAUACCGGGAGCACCGGGGUUGUAGGGCGCUACGCCAGGGCACUACCAGGGUCCACCUACCACGCCCGCUCCGCCUCUCUCCCCGUCUCCCACUUUCCCUCCACCACCUCCCCCGUCAGCGUGUCCAGCAGCAGUGGGCAUGGCUCCGUCUCCGAUACCCUCACCCGGCCCUCCUCAGCGUCCAUCUGUGGUUCCCCAUCAGACGGAGGCUUCAACUCCUCAGACGAGUACGGCUCCAGCCCUGGGGACUUCCGCUACUUCAGGGUCCGGAGCAACACUCCUGAUUCCCUUGGCAACACCCCACCGAUCAGAGAAGAGAACUGCAUGAGCGACUACAUGGCCAUGGGCUGGCACCGUGAGGUGUUUGGAGCCGCCAGCGGUGGAGGGAGUAGCUCUGGCAGUGCGGAGACGCCCAACCGGGACGAGAGCACGUCGACGGAUGACGACAGGUCCCUGAGGAGACGAACCCACUCGUUCACGCGGCCUGGGGGUCAGGGGGGUGUUGCCGGCGGCAGCAGUGGUGUGACAGUGUACCAGAAGAUGACCCAGACCACCUUCUCGCUGGACGAGUCGGUGUCCGUGGGAGAGGCCCUGUCUCUCGGCCGCACCGACAGCAUCACCCAGCCUUCCUCCUCUUCUUCUUCCCUCCGCUCUGACUACAGCUCCUGCUCCGAGCACAGCCAGGGCCGGCCCCCUCCUUUUUCGGCCAAGGAGGACAGCGGCUACAUGCCCAUGUUGUGUGGGGUGGCAGCCUCACCCUGUGAUGCACCGGACUACAUGCCUAUGCAACCCAGCUCCCCCUCUCUUCACCACCACCAUCCCCAGCACUCCCACUCUCCCCAGGCCCCCCGCUCAGCCCAACAGCCCCCAGACCCCCGUGGCUACAUGAUGAUGCUACCAGGGGGGCGGAACUCCUCUUCCCCAGUCCAGGCCUCCCCCAGCUCCCACAGCAGUAGCAGUAACAUAGGUCUGGGUGGAGGUAGUGUCAGUAGUUCUGGUAGUAUAGUGGAGCGGCCAGAGAAUGGAGAGUACAUGGACAUGUCGUACAGCAGUAGAGGAGGAGGUGGAGGGGACGCGGCAGGGGGACGGAAGUUCUCCAACGAGGGGGGAUACUACGCACUGAGCAACCCUGAAGGGAGAGACCCCAAAUCAUACAACUACAGCCCCUACUUCUCCCUGCCUCGCUCCUACAAGGCCCCCGCUGCGAGAGAGAGGGAACAGAGAGAGAGGGAACAGAGAGAGAGGGAACAGAGAGAGAGGGAACAGAGAGAGAGGGAACAGAGAGAGAGGGAACAGAGAGAGAGGGAACAGAGAGAGAGGGAACAGAGAGAGAGGGAACAGAGAGAGAGGGAACAGAGAGAGAGGGAACAGAGAGAGAGGGAACCGAGAGCGCAUGAUGAGUAUGUACCCAUGAGCUCCCCGGCAAAACCAGUCUACUCCCAGGUUGCUACCGGCAACGUCGGCGAGAGGGGCGUGACGACGAGGGGUGUUGGUAGUGGGGGGUCUGACACCCCCCACAUCCUCCCUCACGGCUACCCGCCCCCUCCCUACGGGGUGCACCACCAAGCGGCUAACAGUGACCGUCGGACAACUCCGGUCCGGCCCAACCGCCUCCCCCUAGGGCGCCGCAGCUUCCACGGGUCACUGAGGGUCAGCGAGCCGGACGCCGCCGAGGUACUCUCCAGCCCUGGAGAGUACAUCAACAUCGAGUUUGGGGGCCGCUACGGACCCCCAACGGCCUGCCCCCUCUCUGCCCAGGAUGGCUCACCCUCGGUGGGCUCUGCUGAGCAGCGCCACUCCCCUCCCCACCCCUAUCCUCAGAACCAGGAUUAUAUGAGUGUAGAGGUGGGGGUUGGAGGUGGGGGUGAUGAUGGAGGACGCCUGGCUAAGAACAAGUCUCCCAGACCCUCACUGGUGGCUCCCUGGAACCCACCCAGCUACAUCCGACCUCUUGCCGCUGGGGCCUCCGUGAGUGGGGCCCCUGGUUCUUCUGGAGCUCGAUGGCGGACGGGGACAGAUGACUACACAGAUAUGACCUUUAACCUCAGCAGUGGUGAGGAGUCGCGGGGGUUACGGAGUAGUCCCACGGCCAUGCUGCAGCACCUGUGUUUGAUGGAGAGCUGCUACCCCCCCAACUUAACCCCCACCUCUGCCUCCCCUCCCUCCUCCAGCCCCCAGCUUGAGCCCAUCAAGGUGGUACGUGCGGACCCCCAGGGGCGACGCCGACACAGCUCCGAAACGUUUUCCUCAUCCUCCACCUCCGGAGGAGUCGGCGCCACAAGCUCCAGCACCAACCCCAACCCCUCCUCGGGCUCUGCCAACCCCUCGGCCCUCAACGUAGCUCAUCUGGCCGAGAGCUCCAAGUGGACCGGCUCUGGCUCCUUUGACAGUGUGUGGAUGUGUGUUGAGGGGGUAGGGGGGGACUCGGCCGGUCUCCCUGCCCGUCCAGUGCCUUCUGAUCUGGGCAUUGCCUCAGCCUCAUCUGUGUGUCCUCCUGGGGGUCGGAUGUGCAGGAACAUGUCUGUGGGGUAUCAGAACGGACUCAACUACAUCGCCCUGGAGCUGAGAGAUGACCGGGACUCUAACCCUCUACCCGUACCCCAGCAGCAGCAGGGAGGCACCGGGCAUGGUACCGGGGUGACCCCCAACGCCCCCCAAGCCAGUAACCUGACUGUGCCAGUAGCAGAGGACAACGGAGCCUAUGGCAGUAUAGACUUAAUCAAGUCAGACAGGAUGACUGCCACGUCCAAGGACUGAAGGAGGAAGCUGAGAAGGGAGCAUCACAGACUCCCUCUACCGUGGCCUUCAACACCCCCACACCACACUUUGAUCUUCAACCUCUCAACCUCGACCCCAAGGACUCCAGCCCACGAGGUCACGCCCCCUCUGAACAACAACAACCGCAACAUCACCAAGACGACAGAAAACGAAGACUGAAUUUUUGUUUAAUAAUUUCAUUUUUUUUGCAAACAUUUUUUAGUUUUGAUAUAUCAACAACAACAAAAAAUCCUUCUCAGACCUGGUUCUGAGGCUGCUAUGUUAAUGGACUUUAGUUCUGUCUUUCUUUCUGAUCUAACAGUACGAAAAGGGAGCUUCGCUUAAACACUUGAGUAUGCCUGUAUAACAACAAUAAGUCCUAGAGACGGGGUGCAGACUGGUCAGUACAGAUUUCUCUUCAGACUUCAAUACACACUACUAUAUUUAUUGCCACAAUCGGUUUCAGGUGCGUUCAUUAUGUUAACAGGAUUGUAAUUGAGUAUUUUUGUACAGCUAACAUGGAACGGUACUGGACUCAACAAUGGUCCCAGUUUUCCUGAUGAAAAAUAUUUUAUGUAAAAGAAGCAGGUACUUUAUUUCCACAUAAGGCCCUUAUUAACACAGGUCUGGUACUGUGUGUGUGUGAGACGCUUACACACACACACACACACACACACACACGUCAGUGUGUCCUGUUGAGGCUAGGUGACACCCGCUGUUUCUGUGACUCCACUAGUCAGUCAGUAGAGCUGCUGGGUCACACACACACACACACACACACACACACACGUGUCAGUGUGUCCUGUUGAGGCUAGGUGACACCUGCUGUUUCUGUGACUCCACUAGUCAGUCAGUAGAGCUGCUGGGUCACACACACACACACACACACACAGGGGGGCUGGAUGUUGUCAGGGGUUCCAGUAACCUGACUCUACCCCCAAGGUGCUGGGCAUACUUGCCCCCCUGUGCAACACACAUACACACUUACACACAUGGACACACACACUCAAUACACACACGGAUACACACACACGGAUACACACAAGGGCCACACACUCAAUACACACACGGAUACACACACGGACACAGAAUACACACACGCAUACACUCAAUACACGGACAUACACACUCAAUACACGGACACACACACAAACACACACUCAAUACACGGACACACACACACAAACACACACACAAUACACGGACACACACACACUCAAUACACGGACACACACACACACACACACACACGUGUCAGUGUGUCCUGUUGAGGCUAGGUGACACCUGCUGUUUCUGUGACUCCACUAGUCAGUCAGUAGAGCUGCUGGGUCACACACACACACACACACACACACACACACACACACACACACACACACACAGGGGGGCUGGAUGUUGUCAGGGGUUCCAGUAACCUGACUCUACCCCCAAGGUGCUGGGCAUACUUGCCCCCCUGUGCAACACACAUACACACUUACACACAUGGACACACACACUCAAUACACACACGGAUACACACACACACACGGAUACACACAAGGGCCACACACUCAAUACACACACGGAUACACACACGGACACAGAAUACACACACGCAUACACUCAAUACACGGACAUACACACUCAAUACACGGACACACACACACAAACACACACACAAUACACGGACACACACACACAAACACACACACAAUACACGGACACACACACACUCAAUACACGGACACACACACACACAA